CGAGCCCCGCCGCCACCGCGAGCUGCGCCUCCCUCCUCAUCCGCUCGCCCUCCCUCCGGCGGGCAGCGCCGCCCGAGCCCCCGCAGGUAGGCGCGCAGCCUCCGCCACCUGUCCCCGCCGCCCCGCGCGUUUUGCAGCAUCAUCGGGAGUAGCCGCAGGGGCAGGCGGUGUCGCUGUCAGCCCGCGGGGCCGGGGGCAGGUGCCGCGCCGCGCCGGAGGCCCCGGUCGGCCUCUGCUCCGCGCCGCCCGGGUCCGGCCCCCGCCGACUCGCGCAGUGCCCGGGCGGACAGCGCCGCGGGGCGGUGUGGCUGCGGCUGCGGCGCGCCCAUGUAAGCACCGGUCCCGUCUGCCCGCCUGCGGCGCGGAAGGCUGCGCACCCUCCGGCCGAGCGCCCCGGCAGCGGCGGCGGCGGCGCAGGGAGCAGGAGGAGGCCGUCGGGGCAGCGCUGGAGUGAACGGGGACGGCAUGGUGUCCUGGCGGCGGAGGCCGAGACCCGGCCUGGCGCGGCUGUGGUGCCUGUGCUGUCUGGUGCUGGGCUGCUGGCGGGGUGCGCUGGGCUGUCCCGCGUCCUGCAACUGCAGCUCCUGGCGGAUCUGGUGCACGGAGUCGUCGCCGGGCAUCGCCUCCUUCCCCGUGCCGCAGCGGAGCGCCGAGGGCGACAAUGUUACCGAGAUUUACAUCGCAAAUCAAGAAAACUUAAAAAGUAUCAAUGACAAUGAGGUUGGAUACUAUGUUGGACUUAAAAAUCUGACUGUGGUGGAUUCAGGCUUAAGAUUCGUGUCCCGUCAGGCAUUUGUGAAAAAUGUGAACCUACAAUACAUUAAUUUAUCCAGAAACAACCUCUCAAGUUUGUCCAAGAAGCCUUUUCACCAUCUGGGUUUGUCUGAUCUGAUAUUGGUGGACAAUCCAUUCAAGUGUUCCUGUGAAAUCAUGUGGAUCAAGAAAUUUCAAGAGACCAAGUCUUACACAGAAACUCAGGAUUUAUAUUGCACAGAUGAGAACAACAAGAGGACAGCCUUGCUGGAUAUGAAAGUCCCAAACUGCGACUUGCCCUCAGCGAACUUAAGCAAUUAUAACAUCACCGUGGUGGAAGGAAAGAGCAUCACGUUGUACUGUGAUACUACUGGAGGACCACCCCCAAAUGUGUCCUGGGUGGUAACUAAUCUUGUUUCAAACCAUGAGAGUGACACAAAUAAGAACCCUGCCUCACUAACCAUAAAGAAUGUUUCGUCCAUGGACAGUGGACUGUCGAUUUCCUGCGUAGCAGAGAACAUUGUGGGAGAGUACCAAGCCUCUGCCGAGCUCACGGUAUUCUUUGCACCAAAUAUCACAUUUAUUGAAUCUCCAACCCCAGACCAUCACUGGUGUAUUCCAUUCACUGUGAAAGGGAACCCUAAGCCCACAUUGCAGUGGUUCUAUGAAGGAGCUGUGCUGAAUGAGUCUGAAUACAUCUGUACUAAAAUACAUGUUAUCAAUCAAAGUGAAUACCAUGGCUGCCUUCAGCUGGACAAUCCUACACACCUGAAUAAUGGUGCUUAUACCUUACUGGCAAAGAAUGAUUAUGGAGAGGAUGAAAAACGGGUUGAUGCUCAUUUCAUGUCAGUCCCUGGAGAUGGUAGUGGCCCAAUUUUGGAUCCAGACGUUUAUGAGUAUGAAACCACGCCUAAUGAUCUUGGAGAUGCCACAAAUAACAGUAAUCAAAUCACUUCCACGGAUGUUUCCAACAAAGAGAAUGAAGAUAGCAUCACUGUGUAUGUUGUAGUGGGAAUUGCAGCAUUGGUGUGCACUGGCUUAGUAAUAACACUCAUUAUUCUGAAGUUUGGAAGACACUCCAAGUUUGGAAUGAAAGUUCAUGGUGAAGUAAAAGGAGUUGGUCUGGUAGAUCAAAUAUGGCUUUCAUUGCAAGACUGCGACAAUGAAGGUCCUUCUUCAGUUAUCAGCAAUGAUGACGAUUCAGCCAGUCCCCUCCACCACAUCUCAAAUGGCAGUAACACUCCAUCUUCUUCUGAGGGGGGUCCUGAUGCAGUCAUCAUUGGGAUGACAAAGAUUCCUGUCAUUGAAAAUCCCCAGUAUUUUGGAAUUACCAACAGUCAGCUCAAACCAGACACUUGUGGAAACUGACAGCCCGGUUUCUCAGGUGACACAAGGAACGGUUCUGCCACCCCAAAUGAGGCAGGAAAAACAUCACGCAGAACAAGGAAUUUUCCAUAAGAAACUGUACCAUAGCAACUGAAAAAGACGUUGAAGCACAUUAUACUUUCUCAGCUUGUUGCAACCUGUGCUUUGAUGCAACAGGACAUCAGAAAAGUGAAGACUUGGGUUUUUUGUUUUUUCUUUUCCUCACUUAUUUCUUUGACCAGGAGAGUGAUUGCUUUAACUGCUGCUGGUUGAUCAUAAUGAAUUUAUUGCAAAAUUGUGUAACCUUUCCACAUCCGUCUCCAAAGUCUGCCAGAGCCUAUGUUCUAGCACGUAUCGUCAUGCUAUAGCUGGGGAGGGUGAGGGGACUACAUCUGCGAACUUCCAUAAGAGAUCACAAGCUUCUGAAAUUGUAGGUUAACUAACUAAAUAGGAUGCAGAAAUAUUUGCAACAGGCUGACAGCUGUGCAAUAUGUGGCAUUAAAAUAAAGUUGAGUCACUAAGAAGUAGUGAUAUAGAAGCUAGCAAAAGUUUCUGUCUUUUUUUCUAAAUAUAUCCCAAAUAUGAUUGUCUACUCUAACAGAAAGAAAAUCACUAUGCAGAGACAAGUGGCUUGAGUCAUUGGUUUGGAUAUGGACAAAAUCUUGAUUUAUUAGGCACAGUAUUUAUUUAAAAUGUUGCAUAAAAUCUUUAAGUGAAGUCUUUGCAGGGCAGAUGUUUGUCUUGUUCUUGAUCAGCUGUAAAAGGCUAUUCAGAAUGAAGAAAUCUAAAUUAACAGGACCUAAAAUGUUUAAGUGAGAAAAUGGGGAAAUCUGAUUAGCAGUACUAAUCAACUGAGGUCUGGAGAUUCCUCUUCUUUUCAACUGGAGCAGUUUAGUCAUCUUCCUUUUCCUUUUUUUUUUUUUUUCAGAGUUCAUGCUGUACCCUGCCCAUAUUUUAUUUCUUCACUGUGUUCCUUCUCAGUAAGCUCCACAAUGUGGAUCAUCCUCUCUGCAUAUAUAUAUAUCUGCAGAUAUGAGUUACUAGGUGGAGAGUUGCAGCAUGUAGCAAGCACUUUUUCUGUGUAUGUACUGUCUUUUUAUUCAAACUCACAACCUGUCCAAUAUCUGAUGGUCCCUUUUUUUUUUGUGAGACUUCUUGUUUCAGGUUCUCCUCAGUGUCAGUGACAAGUCUGUCACUGCUUUGGGAAAGUUAUAUCAGAAUCCUGCAGAGCUGGACUUGAACUAAAAGCACUGUACUGGAGCAGGAGUUAUCAUAGCUAACUGUGACUGUCUUUAACUAGGGCUUCCAGCAAGGUCUACAUGUGAAAGCACAGUACUUUUUGUACAUUAGCAGGGAUAAUGCAGGUUUUCAAACCACUUGCUCCUAGCUACUGUCCUAGCUUUCAACUUGGUUAAUUAUGGGCAAAAAACCUUUUAAAAUAGUAUCAAGAAGAAAUUUUUCGUGAUGAUGUUUCUCAGAUGCUUAGCUAGAAUAGCCCUCAUUAGGAUGCAAUUUUCCAUUUUCUUUAGUUUCCACAUCAACUGGCAUUUUGAAUGCCUACUUGCCACAAUAUGAAGGCAAGUGAUUCCAGUAGCUCCUGUUCAGAAAUCUUUUUUUGUUUACAUCUAUGAAGGUGUGGAAAGGGAGCUACUGCAAGUAGUUUUGAAGUGUUCGUUGUGGUAUGUUAAUCCCUGAGGACCUGUUUAUUUUUGUGCAGGAUAGUACAUAAAAUACUGUAAACUAGCAACAUACAGACUGGAAUAACCAAAGAAUAAGGGCACUUAGCUAGCAGCAGACCUCAUGUUUUCUUUUGUUGAUGGCAAGUCUUUUUUCUGUGUAUGUCUGUGUUUUAAAUUAGGGCAUGCUGUGGGUUUCUUAACUGUUUUCUUAGCAGCUUCUCUUUGUGACUGUUAAUCUAGAAGAACUCCACUCACUUUUCCAGCUCACAUUUUGUGAGUGAGGAUUACUUUCAUGACAUACAAGACAACACUAUAUUCUUUUUUUGAGUGUGUUAUAAUACACUUUAAGGAGGCCAGAAUCUGUAAAAUUACAAGGAAAUAUUUAUUGAAGCCAAAUCCAUAUCUGAGGAGUUUCCACUUGAGCAUUUGAAAUUAAGAAAGUGAUGGCAGCAAGGAGUUGUUUUCAAAAUAUACCAAAUAAGAACCUUGGCGAAUACGUCACUCUACACUUUAUAGCUUUGUGACACUGUUCAAAUAGAAAGUAAUUAAUAUUUUAAAAAAUCCCCACCACUAUUAUGGAACAUCUAGAUAUGCAUUUCUAGCCUUAUUUUCUAGGUAGGGGAAACAAUCAGAAAGGGAUUCACUUGCCAGAAGCUCAUAAGAAUUGUUUACCAAAGCGCUGAUGGCAAAUACCUUUUCAUCUAUGUGUGCGUGUCUAGGUUUCAGAAGCAAACAAUGUUACCUCUAUGCAGUUUGUCUGUAAGGAAAAAUGCAAUUAUCAGUAGUGGUUAUUUUUGCAGUUAGAGCCUGUUAUAUUCUUGGAACAUGUGGCUGAAUUACAGUUCUCUUACUGAAGAAAAUGUUACAAGGGAAGAAUAAAUGUGACAAGCAAUGGUGAAAACAACACACUAACCUAUAAGUUAGUUGACAGUUGUACGUGGGAAAACACUGGAAAGACUACCCAACAAGUACUGACAUUGUUUAUAAACAAUUGUUACUUUCUGACCCUUCCUCUUCUAUUUAAAAUUCUGACCAGAAGGACAGGCUAGAAAUAGAGUCCAGGAAACUGCUUGAGGGCCAUUUUGUGGAUGUUGAACUAUCAAAAGGCAAAUUAUCCCUCCAGUUUCGCAACAGACUUCAGACAGGUCUCUCCUAAAAACAGGUCUGUGCUUGCCCUCCUGCUGGUGGUGGUCUUGCAGGGGGCAGUAAUUAAUAAACACUGCUUGUAAAGUGGUCUGUUAAUGUACCAUGGUAACGUCUUGUCUGCAGGGUUAAUAAUAGUGCUUUAUGUAUCUCUGUGUUUUAGCUAAGUGCAGACCGGGUGCGUACCAAAGGACAACACCUAUUUUCUUAACUGCAACUGUCAGUUCCAGCAACUUGAGGCAAAAAUCUAGCUGUUCCAUUAGUAACAAUAAAAAUUAUGGCAAUUUUUAAUAUUUCCGUUACUGAUAAGCACACCAGGAAGUCUGCCAUUCAGUUCAACAAAUGUAGCAGCUGUUUGUGUUGGUUACUGCUGCUCAAAAUGUUUCCCAAGUACAUGACUAUGUAGGCAUGGUAUUUAUUGCUCUGGGAGAGAACUUGAACUUCAGAAGGAAGGGGAGAAAAACCCUACAUUUUGUCUAUCUUAGUUCUGUGGAGACUACAGUUGCUGUAAAAAUCAUGGUGUACAGUAGUUGGAACAAAACAGUUCUGGUUUUUAAGAGCAAUAGUCAUAGAGAUGGUAGGUGAGAAAAGAACUUUUCUGCUCCAUGCAUUUUUGGUGUCUUGCAGAGACUGCCAGAAUUACAUUUGCAUUAAUUUCAGUCUGCAACAAGUACUGAAGAGGAUUCAACUGAAAGUACUUCCCAAAUAUGAGGAAGGGGAGAAAGAGAACUAUGUUUUAUAGUGACAGCUAUUAAGCUUUUACAGAAUAUCAUAUAUAUGUACUAGCUAUCAACAUAAAAUUAACUGGUACUAAUUGGUCAGAGCUGACAACUCAGUCUGCUUCUGAGUGUAAUACUCUUCUUUAGGUCACAUUCAUUAUACUGACAUCGUAUGUCAGAUUCUGAAUAAAGUUCAUUCAGCCAUUUCUGCCGUUCUUGUUUGCCCUGGUAUGUAUAUGUGCUGCCAUCAGCAAGAGUUUAUGUCUCAGCAAAGACUGGGUCUGUGUGCUUUGACAAAUACGUGUCUCAGUUAUCUGCCCAGUGGCCACUUCUCCAGCAACAGCGGGACUGUGGGAGGGCAUCCUUUGAUUGAAUCAUGCCUGGUGUUUUCUUCAUUCUUGGAAACUGACUGGAACAAAAUGUUCAAAGCUCUUUCUUCCUCUCUUUCCUCUUUUUUUUUUCCCCUCUCUCUUUUUGUUUUUCAGUUCCAUGCCUCAAAAGGCUGUAACUGGGUUCAUUUAUUGUGUGAUAAAUCAACAGUAAACUUCUAUGCAUUUUGCUUCAUUUGGGCAGCUCCUGUUCCUUAGUGACAGCUGCUUGGCUCAGCAGACUGUAAUUAUCAAGUCAAAACCAAGAUGCUUUUAGGUAGUGAAAACAUAUUGGCAGAGACUGAACUUGUCCUAAACUUCGUCAUGGGUCACAGCUUUAAAAGAUACCAUUUGUUGUUGUUUUGUCACUUUUGGUACAGGGGGUUUGACAGUUAUCACACUGGACCAUGUGGGAAGCUGUUAUCCUAAAGGAGUACAGGUCUUUCUUUUUCGUUAGAUGCCGACAUACUGUGUAGUUAACUUUUGAUUAAUGUAUCUGUGUUCAUUCUUUUUCUCUAAAAUAAAGUUUUACUGAUA